AUGCCUUUUGGGAUUCUAGAGUGCAAAAAGAUGGAAGUCGUGCCUGGCACGGCUUUCAUGAAUGAUCAGGAUGACUUGCCACCAGAGCUCGCCGAGGUCCCGAGAGAACUACUCAAGAAGGGCAAAGGACGGUACAGGGACGUUAUUCUGGUCCCUCAACCAACAGACAGUCCCAAUGAUCCUCUGAACUGGCCACAAUGGAAAAAAGAAAUGGUCCUUUUGAUCGUCGCCAUGUCGGCAGCGGUGGUGGGCGCCUACGGACCGAUGCUCUCGCCGGGGUUCGUCCAGGUGUCGAGCGACCUGGGCAUCACGGUCCAGAUGCUGUCCGAGGCGACGGCGUGGCUGAUCCUCUCCAUCGGCCUGUCGCUCUUCCUCACCAACCCGCUGGCCAAGAUCAUCGGUAGGCGGCCCAUCUACAUUGGCGCCAUCGCCAUCAUGUUCGCCACGAGCGUCUGGGGCGCCGUGACCACGACCUACUCGUCCUUCCUCACCAGCCGAAUCGUCGCGGGCGUCGGCAUGGCGCCCUACGAGAUCCUCGUGCAGUGCACCAUCGGCGACCUGUACUUUGUCCACGAGCGCGCAACCAGGAUCGCCGUCUGGAACAUGUUCCUGCUGACAGGCAUCAGCGGCGGGGCGUUGAUCGCCGGCUACAUCAUCGAGCGCGACGGGUACCGGUGGACGUUUGGGGUCUGCGCCAUCUUCUUUGGCGUACUGAUGCUGUGUGUCGUGUUCUUGGUGCCAGAGACCAUGUACCGACGCAGCGAGGAGACAAGGACAAGGCAGGUGGCCGUGACCAAAGAGAAGAGUCAUGGGGAGAAGAGUGUGGCCGAGGAGGUGUCUGUAGUUGCUGGCCAGGAAGCAGAGCCGAAACUCAGCUACGUGCGAUCGCUCCGCGUCUUUACGGGCCGGUACAGUCAUGCUCCGCUGUGGAAGGUUUUCUUGAGGCCUGUCGUUCUGUUCUUUUAUCCAGCAGUGCUCUGGGGGUUUUUGAUAUACGGGACCCUCAUGACAUGGAUCGUCGUCUUUUCGGUCGUCAACGCCGUCAUCUUCGUCAACCCACCUUACAACUUUACAAUCAGCCAGACCGGCUUGAUAAGCCUCUCCCCUUUCAUCCUGACCAUCGUGGGCGAGCUCAUGUCCGGGCCGCUCAACGACUGGAUCUGCCUGUACCUGACGCGCAAGAACCGUGGCGUGUACGAGCCCGAGUUCCGGCUGCCGCUCAUGGCGGUGGCGGGGGUUCUCGGAGUCGUGGGCUUCUUCGGCUUCGGCGCCACCGUCCACAACCAGACGCACUGGGUCGGUCCCGUGCUGUGCUUCGGCCUGGCCAACAUGAGCCUGGUGUUUGCGUCGACGUGCGUCUUUGGCUACGUCAUUGACUGCUACCGCCGGCUCAACGAGGAAGCGUUUGUCGCCAUAAACGCCAGGAACCUGCUCACGUUUGGCUUUACCUACUUUGUCAACGACUGGCUGGCGGUGCAGGGGCCCCUGGUUGUGUUUUGCAUCCUGGGGUCGCUGUUCCUGGGGGCUACUUUGCUGACGAUUCCUUUGUGGAUCUUUGGAAAGCGUCUCCGUAGCUUCACGGGCCGGAAUGAAUGGUUGCAGAACUUUAUGAACGAUGAAGAUUUGUGA